UCCAGUGGGGAAGGAAAUCAACUUUGUGAAACAGAGAGAGACAAAUUUCACCUGCAGGAUUUACCUGAUCUUUCUCAGGAUUAAACAACACCUGCUUUUAUUCUCUCGGAUUAAAAACCAUUUCUCUCCAUUGGCGCUAAUGACGUCAUGACGCACUACAAUUAAACCAAAUGGAUCCUGUGGUUCCAGCAUGGCGAAAUCAUGAGCAAAUAAAGUCAACUUCAGUGAAGUGUCACCCAUAGUGCAUGUUGAGAAUCCGACUGUUCACCUGACCGAGAUAACCAGGUGUAAUUGUUUGACCUUUGCCCUGCAGACACCAUGGCUGCAGAAGACCACUACCUGCACACCUCCACUCAGAUCUUUGACAACCUGAUGAUGGACCCGCCCUGGGAGUUCACUCACUUCCCCGGGAUGUCCCAGACGACGUCUCUGAGGACAGCGGACGGUCCGUUCCUGCAGAUCAUAGAGCAGCCCAAACAGCGGGGCUUCAGGUUCAGGUACGGAUGUGAGGGUCCGUCUCACGGGGGAUUACCGGGAGCCUCCAGUGAGAAGAACAGGAAGACUUACCCCGCCGUCAAGAUCAGUAACUACCAGGGUCCGGCGCGCGUGGUGGUCCAGCUGGUGACGGCGCUGACUCCCCUCCCUCAGCUCCACGCUCACAGUCUGGUGGGGAAACAGUGCGAUAAAGGGAUCUGCGUCACCGAACUGCUGCCCAAAGACUCCAACAUCAGCUUCCCUAACCUGGGCAUCCUCCACGUCACCAAGAAGAACGUGGCGAAGACUCUGGAGGAGAGGAUGGUGGAGGCCUUCAGGCUGGGCUACAGCUGCGGAGUCUCCAUCCACCCCGAGAUCGACGCCAUGCAGGGGGAGGUCCGGGUGCCCCGAGAACUCUCCGAGCACCAGCGCAGUGUGAUCUGCAGCACAGCCUCCCAGCAGGCGAAGGAGAUGGACCUCAGCGUGGUGAGACUCAUGUUCACAGCCUUCCUCCCCGACAGCGACGGAGGCUUCACCAGACGCCUCGAGCCCGUCGUUUCAGACCCCAUCUACGACAGCAAAGCCCCGAACGCCUCUAAUCUGAAGAUUGUUCGGAUGGAUCGAACGGCCGGCUGUGUGAGCGGAGGAGAGGAGGUUUACCUGCUCUGUGACAAGGUGCAGAAAGAUGAUAUCCAGGUGAGGUUCUAUGAAGAGGACGACUCGGGGUUAAUCUGGGAGGCUCUGGGAGAUUUUUCCCCGACAGACGUGCACAGACAGUUCGCCAUCGUGUUCAAAACUCCGAAGUAUCGCGACCAGAAUCUCCAGAAACCCACGUCGGUGUUCGUUCAGCUGAAGAGAAAAUCUGACAACGAGACCAGCGAACCCAAACCCUUCACCUACCACCCCCAGAUCAUAGAUAAAGAGGAAGUGCAGAGGAAGAGACAGAAGACGUUGCCCAACUUCCACGACCUCAGGGGGGGGGGAGGAGGUCUGUACCGAGGAGGAGGAACAGGAGGUGGAGGAGGAGGAGGAGGAGGAACAGGAGGAGGAGGAGGUUACUUCCAGGGCUUCACUACCUACAACUAUGGAGGAGGAGGAGGAGGAGGAGGAGGUUUCUCCACUGGAUACUCAGCUGGUCUGGGAGGAGGAGGCAUCAAACACAGUGAGAGAAAUACUUUUUCCUAUGUCCUGAUGAUAUGUGAUGUUGCUUCAGAGGGCGGCAGCGACCCGGACGAGGACUCGGGGUCGGGGGUCGCUCUGAGAGCCGCUGCCCAGGAAGGAGGCCUCGAGCUGGGGGAGAGAAGUGAGGAGGAGGGGGUCAGUGUGGAGGAGGCAGGACAACACAGAGAGGAUGUCUUUCUGCAGCUUCAGGCUCUGUUUCAGUACUCGGUGACUGGAGACUCUGCCUACCUUCUGGCUGCUCAGCGCCCUCUGAUUAUCGCUCAGGACGAGGACGGAGACACUGGUCUCCACCUGGCGGUCCUCCACAGCCAGCAGGGGGCGCUGCAGAGUCUGACUCAGGUCGUCUCUGCUCUACCCGGACCGGAGGUUCUCAACAUGAGGAACCACCUCUACCAGACUGCUUUGCACCUGGCGGUGAUAACGCAUCAGAGGAAGGCGGUCGAAGCGCUCCUAUUGGCCGGCGCCGACCCGACUCUCACGGAUCGUCACGGCAACACAGCGCUCCACCUGGCUGCCGGGCUGGAGGGGGGGGCGGAGCUUAUUCAGAUCCUCCUGAAGAGAGGAGACGUGAGGGGGGGAAUGCAGCUCUGCAAUACAGCAGGUUUGUGUGCGAUCCACCUGGCGGUCCUGGCCAAUCAGCUGCCUUCUCUGCGGGAGCUGCUGGAGGGCGGGGCCGACGUGGAGGUUCGGGAGCGAAGCAGCGGCCGCUCCGCGCUGCAUCUCAGCACCGAGGCCGACAACGUGUCGCUGGCCGGCUGCCUGCUGCUGGAGGGAAACGCAAAGGUGGACUGCUCCACUUUCAACGGCUCCACAUCGCUCCACAUCGCUGCAGGACGAGGCUCUCUCAAACUGACCGCUCUGCUGAUGGCUGCAGGUGCGGACCCUCAGAAGGAGAACUUCGAGCCGCUCUUCUUCAGGGAGGAGGAGUGCGGUGAUGAAGAGGAGGGUGAAGAGGAAGAUGAAGGUUACAUCCCAGGAAACACGCCCAUCAGCAUGGCCGCCAACGCUCAGGUGUUGGAUCUUCUGAAUGGUAAAGAGUAUGAACCAAAGUCUCCACACAAAGCCUUCGCCGCUCCUCAAGGUGACCUGGCGAGUCUGGACGUGCAGGUGAAGCAGCAGGUGUGUCGCGCUCUGGAGAGUGAAGGAUGCUGGGAAAACCUGGCUCACAGUCUGAGCCUCGGGAUCCUCAACACGGCCUUCAGGCUGAGCCCCUCCCCCGCCAAAACCCUGCUGGACAGCUACGAGGUGUCAGGUGGGACGGUGCGGGAUCUACUCGCUGGUCUGAGGUCAGUCGGAGAGUGCAGAGCGCUGAGCGUCCUGGAGGAGGCUCUGCGUAACCACAACGACACUCAGCUGACCAAUGAGAGCGGAGGAGAGGUUCAGGUGCAGGAUGUGAAGGCGGAGGUGCAGAUCGACAGCGGGGUGUGUGACAGCGGAGUGGAGCUCUCCACGGCCUGAACAUCCAUCCCAUAAUAAACAAACCAUCCACCCAGAGUUCAUCAGGAAGCUUUUUAACAAACUGUUUUUUAAUGAAAUGUGUUUUUAAACCUGUUGACAGAAACUCAAGAUGUAUUGAUGGCACUCCAACAACCAAAGAAUGUAAAAUAAGAAAAUAUAAGGAUUUGAAUGACUUGAGGAUAUUUAGGAUCAUGUUCAGGGACAGACCGGGGACAUCAGACGGAGGCUUUAGUUUCAGGGGAAAGGUGCUAUAACUAGAGAGAUGAUUGUAAAGACAUGUGCCCCAAAGGAUGGUUUCUGUUUUAAUAUAUAACUCUCACAUGUGUUCAUGCUGGUGUGAUUCCUCCUCUUCAGACAGGCUGGGAGAUAUCUUAUUAAAGAGUCCCUAGUUUCUGUUUUAGGUGAAUCCAAAAUGUCCAGUUUGAGUUCAAAUGUUGCGCCCACAUUUUUGUUGUAAUUUUUUUUUAAGGAUUGUUCCCUUUUUAAAUAUCACAUUUCUUAUUCCCUGAUUAUGGUGACCAGGUGCCAACAAGCCACAUGGGGGGAGAAGAAGGCGUUUAGUGCGUGGCUCAGAGCUACUUUAGAUUUAAGUCUAUCCAACCCUUAAAAUGAAAUGGGUGAAUGGACGGUUCUUAUGAAAUCUCUUUAUCAGGUGUUGCUC